UCUUUUUUGAAAAAAUUGUUUGUUAUUGUAUGGUUGGUAAGGAACUCAGAAUCUAAUUCGGAAGACUGCUGGUUUUAUUAUGAAUUUGUGCUUAAAACUUGGGUGUGCAUGCGUUCUUAUUUGUAUCAAAGUUGAUGGGGGAAAUGUUUCGUCAUCAAUCACAGACUGAUCAAAAGCUAGCCAAGCAGAAAGAAAUCAAUGACUGGCUUCCAAUUACCUCAUCAAGGAAUGCAAAAUGGUGGUACUCAGCUUUCCACAAUGUCACUGCUAUGGUUGGAGUUGGUGUCCUCAGUCUCCCCUAUGCCAUGUCAGAGCUCGGAUGGGGUCCUGGUGUGGUUGUAUUGGUGCUGUCAUGGAUUAUCACUCUCUACACUCUAUGGCAAAUGGUAGAGAUGCAUGAGAUGGUUCCAGGAAAACGGUUCGAUAGAUAUCAUGAAUUGGGUCAAUACGUCUUCGGUGAAAAACUUGGUCUCUACAUUGUGGUGCCUCAACAACUCAUUGUUGAAGUUGGUGUGUGCAUUGUUUACAUGGUUAGUGGAGGAAAAUCCCUUAAGAAGUUCCAUGAUACCGUGCACGGUACCGACAACUCCUUCAAACUCACCUACUACAUCAUGAUUUUUGCCUCUGUGCACUUUGUUCUGUCUCACCUCCCCAACUUCAACUCCAUAUCUGGUAUCUCCUUGGCAGCAGCAGUCAUGUCCCUUAGUUAUUCUACAAUUGCUUGGGGGGCUUCAGUUGCAAAGGGUGUUCAGCCGGAUGUGCAGUAUGGCUACAAAGCUAAGAGCACAGCUGGAACAGUGUUUAACUUCUUCAGUGCCUUGGGUGAUGUAGCUUUUGCCUAUGCUGGACACAACGUGGUGUUGGAGAUCCAAGCAACAAUCCCUUCUACACCUGAGAAACCAUCAAAGGGUCCUAUGUGGAGGGGAGUCAUUGUGGCCUACAUAGUUGUGGCCUUGUGCUACUUCCCUGUUGCUUUGAUUGGAUAUUGGAUGUUUGGUAACUCUGUUGAGGACAACAUCCUCAUCUCACUGCAGAAACCUGCUUGGCUAAUUGCAAUGGCUAACAUGUUUGUUGUUGUUCAUGUUAUUGGGGGCUACCAGAUCUAUGCAAUGCCUGUUUUUGACAUGAUAGAGACUCUGCUUGUAAAGAAACUUCAUUUCAAACCCAGCAGAAUACUUCGGUUUGUUGCACGUAACAUCUAUGUUGCAUUCACAAUGUUCAUUGGCAUAACCUUCCCUUUCUUUGGUGGCCUUCUGGGAUUUUUCGGAGGAUUUGUUUUGGCCCCAACAUCAUAUUUCCUUCCUUGCAUAAUGUGGCUUGCUGUCAAGAAACCAAAGAGGUUUGGCUUAUCCUGGUGGACUAACUGGAUCUGCAUUGUCCUCGGUGUUCUAUUGAUGGUCGUAUCACCUAUAGGAGGAUUAAGGCAAAUCAUCAUUGAAGCUAAGCAUUAUCAAUUCUACUCUUAAUUGUAUCCCAAACCAGAGGAAAGUAGAGUGCCAUACAAUACAAGGAGGAAAAGGUGAAGAAGACAAGGAUGGAGAUUGUUGACGGGCCAAAAUGAAUGGAGUCGCCA